AUGGCACCGAUACGCCGCUACCUCAGGAUCACCAAAUACUCGGUUCUCGAAUGUCGCAUCUACCUGGACAACCCCGCACUGGCACAAUCAUGGCUGCUCAAUCCGCGGGACCCCGUCCUCCCCAAGGUCAUCGAGAGCGUGCGGCCGCUGGUCCUGCCCAAGCUGCGCGAGGAGCAGGAGCGCGAGCGGACCCGGAAGAAGAGCAAGAAACGGAGCAUCAAAGACGUGGUCAUCGAAGAUGGCUUUGAGGUGUCGAUCUUUUUGACCGAGACCGACACGCGGCACUCGCUGCUACACAAGAGGAAGCUGUUCCGGGACAAGAUCCAGACGAGGCUCACCUCCAACUCGUCCAAGCUGAUGGGCGCAUCCCACGACGAACCCAUCGACGUCGAAGGGCAGUUCCCGCAGGGAGAUGAUGACGUACCGAUCAUCCGCGAGGAGGACGGCGAUGGCCAGAACGCCAUCAACCUCGCCGACAUUCCCAUGGCGGAUGAGACAGCAGCAGACCCGGAACCCACCAAUAGGAGACCUAAGCGACGACGCCCCCAUGGACAGGGGGAGGAACCGGAAAGAGGCUCCGAGGAUGGGAGCGGCGCGGAGGUGGUGAUCGAUGAUUCAGAUCCAUCGGACGGUGAGCUGUUUGUGGGUGAGGAGGGGGAGAGCGACGAGAGUGAUGCCGCGACUGGCCCGCGGCCGCCCAAGCGCCGCAAGGAGAAGGCGGCCGCCGAGGGUGACACGGCAGCAGCAGGGCGGGACGACAAAAAGAAGAUGGCCAUGGAUAUCUCGUACGAUGGCUUCGCCAUCUACGGACGCGUGCUGUGCCUUGUGGUAAAGCGGCGCGGCGAUGGCGCGGCCAAGACGGGUGGCCAAGGGCCGUCCAGCCACAUCGCCGACCAGACGUUGCGCAGGGAACGCUACCACCAAAACGGCCAAGCAAGUGUGCGCUACUGCCAGGUACUCCCGUUUCUCUUCCCGAUCCGUCCCGAAGGUCGAAUGGCCUGUUUUACGGGGCGGCUCGAGAGGCCUGACUGGCGUCAGCUGGUCACGAGAGAGCAGCCGUCCCUCGGUUGCUGGUUGAUGCACAUCUCAUUCGAUAUAUCGGACGCCACGGCCGUGCAUCAGACCAUGCUGCCACGCGGCCGCCCGCCUAGACUUUUGGAGGGUGACCUGAUUGAGCAAACCCCAACUAAAUCCCAUCAUUUGGGCGCAUACGCCGCCCAUUUCCGGAUGGCCAAGAAUAGCAUGCAGCGAUCGUCCGAAUACCCAGCCAAGGGUGUACCAGGGUUGCAAGUUCGUACCAACUUGGAAGUACAGGUGGGUGGCAGUGGGCCGCAGGAAAUGCAGCAGCCCGUCCCUGCCAUUGCCCGAAAUAGCGGUAAACAAGGGCUCGUCCAGGCUUAG